CCAUCUUUUUUUUUUUUUUUUUUUGAAUCAUUUUGUCAAUACAUCCCCACGUUCCCUUAUAUAAACAUUAACUCACAAGAGCAUAACCGCAAUGGCGUCGCAAAGCAUCUCAAUGCCCUCGGUUUCCAACUCCGAGAUCAAGCCCGUUUUGAGCCCCGGCUCCCAAACUGUUGCGACCUCAAAGCCGAGGCCCUGCUGUGUCUGCAAGGACGAAAAGUCGAAGCGCGACGAAUGCAUGCUAUUCUCUAAAGCAACCGACCCUGCCAGCGAUUGCAAGACGACCAUAGAUCAGUAUCGAACCUGUAUGGCCGGCUUCGGAUUUCAAGUAUAGACUUUCGACGGGCCGCACAAAAAGGAUAUCACGAUCCCUUUCCAGAAAGGAAAAAAAAAAACUCUGUACAUUAAGGGACCGAUUGGAUUACGGCGAGCCGGCGUUCCGGAUCGGAUAGACAUGAGGCAAUAGACCUCAAAAAUGCGCAAUGCGU